AUUAGUGGCAACCUCAAUGUCUAUUUGCUGUUUUGUACGCAAUAAAAACUAUCCAAUUCCUUACUUUGCCAUUCUUGAUUGCUGAAUAAUUUAAGCCACUGAAAAUCCCAGCAAGUGAUUAUCACCUUAAUCUCGACCUAUCACUGAUACGUGCAUGUGAGUAUGACCCAAUAAGCGAGAAUCAAGUAGAAGUAGAUGCACCAAUGGUAAAUCUAAUCAAGCUAACAUUCUUUUGACCUACCAAUCAUUCAGUAUUCGUAUAUAAUUCGUUCAUUUUCGAGGUUUUUCACUUACUUUAAGCGCUUCCAGCAAUUUUUGUGUUGACGCUUGUUAGAAUGAGGUGGAAUUCAUUUUUCGCAACCCGCCCAAAAGAGUUGGUUCCGGAGUUUACGUACUUGGGGUAUAUCGUAAAAUUAGACGUCUUCUGUAAUAAUGGACGGUUAUAUACACGCUGGUCAAGUCCUUCCAGCCCAAACUAUUCUACAGCCGUUGCAACAGCCUUUGAUAAUGGAUGCAAACGGUGCUGCUCAACCAACUACAUUCGCCGUCCAGGCCAGUGAUGGUAGCCUAAUCCCAGUUCAACUAGCUACGUCUGCUGGUGGGGGUCAGGUUAUCAUGUUCCUUCCAAGUGCAGCUCAGCAAACAAUUUACACAACUCAGCCUAUAGUGUCUGCUGCAACCACUUCUUUGGAUGCUAAUCUUACUUCGGCUCAAGGGCAGAUUAUAGGGACAACAGUUGAAGACGAAACUCACAUACUUCAACAAUUACAGCAGUCUUCGCAAGUCCAGGUUAUUCAUCAGACCCAAUCUGGAUUAUCUCAAGCCGUUUCAAACACUCAAGUUGUCCAGGUUUCUAGUCCGCAACCUGAAACUGCUAUCGGUCAGCAGGGAAUGUCCACACAAGCGUCCUCAACAAUAUCACCUGGUCUUACUCCUGGUGGUGAAGAACCUCUUUACGUUAAUGCUAAACAGUACCACAGGAUUCUAAAGCGUCGCCAAGCACGAGCGAAAUUAGAGGCACAAGGCCGCAUUCCGAAGGAAAGGCGGAAGUAUCUUCAUGAGUCCAGACAUAAGCAUGCUAUGAACCGCAUACGAAGCUCUGGUGGUCGGUUCUUUUCUGUACCGUCUUAUUCUGAUGCAAAUAACAGUACUGCCUCGACCUCUUCCAGCAAUUCAUCAGCGAUAACUUCCUUCCAAACAAAUGAGGAUUGUAAAACUAAGAUUUUGUCUAAUUGACAUCCUGAUUAUACGCUGCUAAUUACCCCUUGGAUUCAACUUUUCGACAAUCUGGAAAAUGAUCCACCCCCCCCUUAGAGAUUAAAAUAUGUUAAAUUAUUACUUGUAUACAAGCUGGAGUACUGAGUAUAUUCAUAUUAUUGCCUGGAUAAACGUUGGUAAUGAUUAUACAACUUUUGGAAGUGCCCAUAUUGAUUAUCUCGUCAUUGUUAUCAUAACCUCAGUUUUGUACACAUCUAUUUUCUAUAUGGUAUUUCCUAUAUUCUCCCCAUGCUUGUCUGUAAAUAUUUAUUACGACUUGAAACUUUUUCCUAUAAAGUUGAAUCUUUUGUUUUAACUUUACUGUCUUUAUAUUUACGAUACUAAUGAUCUAAUUUACACAAAGAUAAAUACACUCGUUUUUUUCUUUUCUAUUAAAAAAUAUUUUUCCAAA